GGGCAUAUUUCCUUUAGACCGGACAGUCAGUCAGACGCAUAUCCCGUUUCCCAUGUCUAUCCAAGCCGUUUGCAGAGAUAGUGCACUCACUGCACUAAGAGCAACGGUCACAAGUCAAGUCCGUCUCGGCAAGUCAAGUUUGUAUCUACGAUAUUACAAUACAAGCCUUAGCUCUCUGCUGAAGAGACAGAAGAUGGACUCAGCCAUUAACAGCCACCUUGUGCAGAACCAGUCCAUUCUUCUGAGUGCUGGUCAUUCCAACGAGACCUGUCGCUUCGAUGAGGAGUUUAAGUACAUCCUACUGCCUGUUUCCUACAGCCUGGUGUGCGUUCUGGGUCUGGUGCUGAACUCUGUGGCUCUGUGGAUGUUCCUGACCAAGAUGCGACCGUGGAACACCAGCACCGUCUACAUGUUCCACCUGGCCCUCUCGGACUUCCUGUACGUUCUCUCUCUGCCCACCCUCAUCUACUACUACGCUAACCGCAGCCACUGGCCCUUCGGCGUGGCCGCCUGCAAGAUCGUCCGCUUCUUGUUCUACGCCAACCUCUACUGCAGCAUCCUCUUCCUCACCUGCAUCAGCGUCCACCGCUACCUGGGCAUCUGCCACCCCAUCAAGGCCCUGACCAUGGUGAAGCCACGCCAUGCCCACGCCGUGUGUGGAAUGGUGUGGGCUGCUGUCACGGCGUGUCUGGUGCCCAACCUCAUCUUUGUCACCACCAGCCAGAGGGACAACGACACGAUGUGUCACGAUACGACCAAUCCCGAGCAGUUUGAGGAGUAUGUGGACUACAGCUCCGCGGUCAUGGUCCUGCUGUUCGGCGUCCCCUUCAUAAUCAUCAUGGUCUGUUACUGUCUGAUGGCACUGGCUCUGUGUCGGCCCAGACGGGGGCUCUUGUCCAGCCAGCAGAACUCACCCUCACGCACCAAGUCCAUCAAGCUAAUUGUGGUGGUGCUGGUGGUGUUCGCCGUGUGUUUUGUACCCUUCCAUAUCACACGCACCCUCUACUAUACCUACCGUGUACUGAAUGCCAAAUGUGAAUUCCUGAACGUCGUCAACUUUGCCUAUAAGAUCACCAGGCCUCUGGCCAGUGUGAACAGCUGUAUUGAUCCCCUCCUGUAUUUCCUGGCUGGGGAUCACUACCGCUCUAAGCUGGUCAAAGCUCUCACUGGAAAUAGACCGACAACCACCAGCCUCUCUGCUGCCUGCCUGAAAAAGCGCCCCAAAAAGAACCAUGAGAUCGCGCUGGUCUAUAAGAACCCAGAGCCUAAAGCCAGCGCUGAACCUAUGAGAUAGUGGGUUAUACAUAUGGACAACUAUGGGUCAUCAUAUAGAUAUGCCUAAACUCCAUGAUAUAAACAGGGAGGAAACAGUUAACAGUCCUAGGCUGGCCACUACACAGCUGCACUUUCUUUGGAUGCUGUUCUGUCAUUUCAGACACAGGAUGACUACUGUCCAGGGUGAACGAAGGGGCCUCUUGACAGAGCUCAGACCUGAAUGAGAAAUGCAGUUCCUAUAAGGCUGUUGGGUCAACGCAGCUAAUGUCAUAUUAAAGAGAAUGAAGAAGUGGGAGUACGGUUGAGUUCAGAAAACAGUGGUGGAAAAAGUACCCAAUUACCAUACUUGAGUGAAGUAAAAAUGAAAGUCACCCAGUAAAAUACUA